AUGAUUGGUAGGAUAAUCGUCUCGAUUGGUGGUGGACAUGCCACUGGUGUUGCUAAAAUUGCCACAGAAUUACAAGAAAAGUUGAGCAAAAUCUUCACCUCUGCGAAAAUUAGAAUCAUUGAUUUAGACGAACUUGUAUCGAAGAGAAAGGAUAAGACAUACAGUGAAGAUGACUACGAUUUCGAAGCCAUAUAUGAAGAUAUUAAUGAAGAUUGUAUGUUAUUUGAUCCCAACUCAAACUCACUCGUGUCUAUGAACCCCAACACGUCUGAUGAAGAAAAUUCUAGUGUCACUAACAAUGAUCCAGUGGAGAUUGUGCUUCUAUGUGGCUGUUACGCCCUAUAUGAUGCCAAUAUCAACAGGAUUUCCCAAUUGAAAGUGUUUUUAGACAGUGACAACGACAAGAGAUUGAUAAAUUUGAUCCAUACGAGAAACGUACAAACCCCAGAGGAAUUAUCAGUACUCAUCACAGAAUACAUGGACUGUUUGAGACCAGAAAUGGAAAAGUACAUCGAAAUCACAAGAAAGCAUGCGGAUCUGAUUAUACCUAGCUCCAACGAAAGCGUCGGCAGUGUCAUUAUUCUCGAUGGUAUAGUGAAAGUCAUCGAACAGAUCAAAGCCAGUAGUCACGGCGAGAACUUCAUGAUAGACACCAAGAAGAAGAUUUUACCACUUUGGGACUUUGAAGCGGAAAGUCUGGAUCUCGAGAAGAGUAGAUACUAUGAUUUAUCGUGA